AACAUUUUCUUAGGUUCCUUUAAAAGUAAAUCAACAAGUACCUUCAAGAAAAAAUAUCACUAAUUCCUUGGGGUGAGUGUGGGGAAUGGUAUAUGUAUCCAGAUAAUGCUCUGAAGAAAUUGCUUGGAAGUCAAAGAAUCUCAAGUGGAAAAACUUCAGAAUGCUUAGCUAUAAUAUGUUCUAUAAGUUGGAUAUGUCAAGUGACCAGAUAGCUGCCAAUUUGCAAGCAGUUAUCAAUGAAGUUUGCAGGCACAGACCACUGAGUUUGGGUCCUUUUGUGGUACGUGCUUUCCUUCGUAGUUCAACAAGUGAAGGUUUGUUACUAAAGAUUGAUCCAUUAUUGCCUAAAGAAGUAGAAACUGAAGAAUCUAGCAAAGAAGCUUCCCUAAAGUAUUAAACUGUGAAAUUAUUUUCAGUGGAUUAAGAAGCAACAGAGAAAAUUAUAAAGCUGCAUAAUUUCUACAUUUGGUGUCUUGUUAUAUUUCUUGAUCAUCACACUGGAAAGUCAGUUUUAACACUGAAAAAUCUUACAUCAAUUUCAAAAAUAAGAAAAUAAAAUUUUCUUUCUGUCUGAACCUA